UAAUGCACUGAACAUGGGAAGGGAAUGCGAUGUGCACCUUAAAGCUCCAGUUUUUGUCCAGUAUCCACAAGCAUUAUACAAUCGUAUAAAUGUUGCAGCGGGCCUGUAGAAAUAACUAUGGAUAAACCCGAAGCGUGCGAUCCGUACAGUCGACCAGCGCGCAGGACGCAGUGGAUAGUAAGUACCUUGGCUUACCACUAUGGAUUAGAUCGCGGAGUUGAAAAUGAAAUAAUAGUUUUGGCCACCGGAUUGGAUCAAUAUCUACAAGAAAUAUUUCACCAUAUGGACUGUCAGGGAGAUGGCAAGAUUCCUGUCGAAGAUUUUAAUAUACUCUGCGAAGUUUUGGGGUUGAAUAAAGAAACGGACCUGGAAGAAUGCACCGGGAUUCUGGAGAAUAUGCCCAGCGAGUUUACUUUUAGGCAGUUCCAUGCCAAACUCUGCGGCUACUUCAGCACGAAAGCAGGGUGCCAGUACGAAAACGGUAGGCUGCUCGUGGGUAAAGAGAGCGAGCACAUCGAAACACAGAUACGUCUCCGGAGUCCUCUGAGGAGAAGGGAGAAGUCCCUAUUGGCGAAUGCCAAGGUAAAAGGCAGUAGAGGCUCUUCGCCCAACGCGGAUCGACAUACGUCCGGCUGCAGGCAACUGGGAACAUGCACUCGGGAAUGUUAUGAAGAAAUUGUUGCUUUGGAAGAAGCCGAAGACAGAAUAGCAAAACUCGAGGACGAGAAUGCGAGUCUGAGAGAGCUGGUGGAAGACAUGCGCGCUGCUCUCCAAAGUAGUGAUGCCCGUUCGUUGGCACUGCAGGUAGGGCUAUGGAAAAGCCACUCUAAACAUAAACAAGACGGGGGGUGUUUCAUUGCCCAUCACAAACUGUCCACUCAGAAGAACAGCGCCCACGGCAGCACGAAGAGCCUCCAAAGUUUCUUACGCGAGAUCGAGCUGCUCCGUAGCUCAAGGGACGGGCAGAUCGAGGAGGCCAUUCUCUUCAACAAGAAACUCGAGAGGGAGCUGAGGAGGUCCCAGGAAGCCCUGCUCUCUCUAGAGAACUGCAACAGAAAGCUGAAAAAGGAGCAGACGGCCAUGAGGAGGAAGGUGGAGGAGGCCAGGCAUGCGGUGCUCAGCGGCUUGGGCAAAGUGAAGGAGCUGGAAGUUAAAGCCAAUCACGUGCCGCUGCUGCAGAGGCACGUCCAGCAGCUGGAGUCCGAGCUGCGUUAUUACAGGUCGGAGGUGUCCAAGCUGCAGGUUUCGGGCAGCGGGGCAGGGGAUCACCCGUACGGCACGCCCAGCGGCCCACGCAGGAGGUGCUGUCUCACCACUCAGCAGGACCGCCGCUCCCCCACCGGCCGGGCCGAGACCCACCCCGAAAAAGUGGAGGAGCAGCUCUUUCGCUCAGUGGAGGGCCAGGCAGCCUCUGAUGAAGAGGAGGAGAAGUGGACGGGCGAGCAGCAGAGUCAGGUGGAUGAGGUGAAGAGGAUCCUGGCCCGGCUGUCCUGCUGUGGAGACAGGUGUGAUGACAAGGCGGUGAAGAAACUCCUCUCUCGCCUGGGGGGCUCCAGGAGUGAGGAGAGCCAGGCGGCGGUGGUGGAGCUCCUGGAGAAGGUCACCCAGCUCAACAAGCAGCUGGAGCUGAAGGAGACCCAGGCCCGUAAAGUGGAGAUGGACAUGGACCAGAUGAAGGACUCGCUGGUGCUGGAGCUUCGGCAGAAGGCGGAGGAGACGGAGAACCUCCACCUGGAGCUCCAGAUGCUGGAGACGGAGAGGGUGCGUCUCUCCCUGGUGGAGGAGAAGCUGAUGGACGUUCUGCAGCUCUUGCAGAAGCUGCGCGAUCUGAAUGUCUCAAGGAGGUCUCUUGGAAAGAUCUUGCUGAGCACAUUGGAGUCUUGCAGCGACCCUGAACAUGGGAAAGCCCACAUUCUGGAGGUGUUAAAUGCGCUCUGUCAUGAACUGGCUGCCUGCGAACUUCUGUCUAGCACGUCCCUAGAGAGAACGCAGAGUCACCAGUCGCUGACCAACGCACUCCUAAUCUCCUGCUGACCAAGUCUGCCACCUGCUGGCCGCUAGCCGUCAUAGCACUUUUCAAUGUACAGAUUUGAACAAGCACUGUUCAACCAACAGUCGUGACUACCUUUCUGGGCUUGUUGCCCUUCAGUGCUUAGAAUACUGUUUCUGGCACUACUUAGGUGGGGUGAGUGAGUAAGUGAGUGAGCAAGUAAGUGAGUGAAUGAGAGGGUGAGUGUGAUGAGUGACUGAAUGAAGGGCUGCUGAUCCAGUCAGACAAAAUAAACGUCCUGAGAAUUGGGGUAAAAUGCCCCACCUGACUAAAAGUCUCUCAAGGGUAAAUGUCUCUCGUGAGGUUGCUCCUCCUGAGGUUGACAUGACGUUUCAGGUGAGACUGACCUUUCAGGGCCUGAAAACAAGUCCGAUGGUGGACGGAAAAAGAUUAAGCAGAUGAAGGAUAUUCUGUGGGCAUUUGAAUAUUUUAGAAUGUUGGGAGUGGGGCCAUUUUGUUUUGUUCCACGAGCGUUUUUGUUUUGUUACAGCCAUGCCAGUCUCAACUCUAUUACUGUACUCUAUGUUUUGAGUAAGCUAUGGACUGCAUUGUGUUGUAUUGUACACACAGCAUUCAAUUUGAUUUCAUAUCGCAGGCAAUUUUACUAGAUUAUUUUACAAUGGCAUAUGCAUGUUUUGUCAAGUUGAAAUGUGUUAUUGCACAGUUUAUGUUUAGUUUUUGAACACAUCGGUUGUAUAUUUUAUGCAGUGGGGUCAUUUUGUUUUUACCAAGUUCUGAUUAAUAUGGUUACACUUAACUGGAGUGCUGUUUUUUUACAUUGUAUGCAAAUUAGUUAUAUAAAUAAUUAAGCUCACUGUUACACUAAUAUUAGAUGGAAGACAAGGUCUUCACCCACCUCAUAUUCACUCUAAACAAAGCCAGUCCUAAUGGUGUGUUUUUCUUUUGCUUUGUUAACAUAUUAUUACAUAUUACAACCAUUUUGACUCUCUUCAUAGCUGUAUAGCAUCUCUUUAAAUGUUUCAUAUUCUUGUAUUAUUGCAUUUUCCUCCAGUAUUAUUUACGUUUUCCUUAAUUAGAUAUUAAAAUAUUCUAUUAUUUUCUUCUUUUAAGUACUUAGCAAUGCUAUGCCAUUAAUUAAAGUAUAUCCACUUAUUAGACUGAUACUAAGCAUCAUAUUAUGGAUGCUGAUUGCAUGUAAGGUCCUAGUUAGACCUGUGUGUAAGCUGUAUGCUUUGUAAACACUAAUAUAUUAUUUGAAUUUGAUAUAAGUUUUUAUCCAAGUGUUAUUUUUACUGCUUAUUUCUCAUUGUGGGGCAGCAAUCAGUACUGUAUGGAUGUAUAGACUUGUCUCUAAUUGCUUUCUGUAAUAGCGUCAUGACCCCAACCCACAGUCUUGCCCCUUUUCCUGAACCCAAAAACUGAUCCAUGUUUACAUUAACCACCCUAAAUCAAUUGUUCUCAAAUUUGAUACUGGGAACCCCCAUGUAUGCUGGAUUUGUUACAGCAAAUCUCUUGGUCAAUUAAGUUCAUCUGUAAUUUUCUCCUUAAACUUAAAAACACAAUGCAGGUUUCGCUCAUUAUCUUUGAAUUCUUCAUUAUCUAUCCAGUUUUAGUGCCCAAGUGUCCAGUUUCCAGUAGGAGUCCAUUGAUAAACCUCAGUCGAAUUUUCCUCUUUAUGCAAUUGUUUGCAGUACAACACAAGAAGCACAAUGUGAAUGCAUUAUUCUUCUUGGCAUAGAGGAUAAAUAAUUAAAAUUCUAGAAUCGUAAUUGUGGUUGGGAACAAAAACCAGCGUACACAGGGGUCCCCAGGACCAAGUUUGAGAACCACUGCCCUACUACAAUAAAUCAUAAAAUGUUGCCCUCUUAUUCAGAUGCAUUGUAGAACUGAAUCAUCUUUUGAGUGCUGGCUUUCUGGAGAAAUCCAAACAGGGUCCUGGGGUAGCAUUCUCCACACAACCGUUUCCUAAUCUUCCCAGCACAAAUAGUGAUAGCAUGGAACAUGUUUUAACACAUUGUUAACACUUCGGAUUAAAUAACCCGUUCAGUGAAUAUGUUUCCAUUUCAAUAACCAUAUAUGAAGGUGCUAAAAAAUGCUCCGGCAUUAAACGUCGCUUGGCUGACUGAAUUUAGAAAGCCAGUGGGAACACUUGAGAGUUAACACAUUGGAGCUGCACAUUGUUCCAUUACGUGUGUAGCAGCAUAUUUCCACUCUGGCGCCUGCUGUGGACAUCAAGCUAGUUUGUAAAAAUACUAAAGCCUGUUCUUCCCCUCAAAUGUAAUGUAACCACUGUUUUAAUAUUGUAAUUGUUAUGUGAUUCAUGUUGGUUUUUUUUAAUGCUGCGCUAGACAUUUUUCUGCAGGAAUACUGUUCAGUUUUCCCAUUACCUUCUUGUACGUCUGCUUAGUAUUAUUGCAGAUAAAACAUUGUGUAUUUCACAUUUACAGGUAGGAAAAAAAGGCAUUUUAUUUCUGUGAGUGAAAUAAUACCUGUGAUAGAGAUGUGCAAAUAUAAUUAGACACCUCAUUUUUCUUUUAAUGAACUUAUAAAAAAAAAAUAAGAGUAGCUUUAGAUGUUACUUUUGUCUGUGAGAUGAAUAUUUAUCUGCUAAAAUGUAGAGAUGUGUUGUUAGGAUGUCAGCUGUCUCCAUAUUCAACUCUUACUUUUUUUGUAAUGCCAAUAUAUUCAAGUUUUAAUUGAAAACUAAAUUGCAACUGUCUAAAUAAUUGUUGUUAUGCACACUUAAUA